GAGGAGGAGGAGGAGGAGGAGGAAAAGGAUGAGCUUUCUCCAGCUUCCAGAUUCCAAUAAUCUCCGGAUUUGGAACAACGCCGUCUUCGAAGAUGGCGCCUCCGCUUCCAAGGCGUCGACAACGAUACCUCUCCGGCAGAUCUCCACCAACCUUGGAACUCUCGAUCUCCGCCCGUCCAAGGAGAACCGCAGCCCUGUGCUUGAGAAGUCCGUUAUCGAUUUCAGAUUCCUCAGGAAAGCCGCUGAAACUGCCGAGGAGAGCGCUGUCGACAGCGAGAUCGCGCGGAUCGAGGAGGAAAUCGCGCGGUUGCAGUCGAGACUGGAGGCGCUCCGCCUGAGGAAGGCAGAUCGGUGGAUCGCGCCAGCCAAGAUCUUGGAUCUGAAACAGCAGGGCGGAAGCAGAAGCGGAAGCUUGGCGAGGAGGGACCCCUGCUCGCCGCCUGUCUCAAAGCGUAUGGACCUGGCGAUGGAGUUGGCGCCGGCUAGCGCUGCCUCCGGAUCGAGGCGAAGAGGCGCGAGCGCGCGGCCGGUUGAGAUCUUCGCCACGCCGGCGAGGCCGAUCGAGUUCCGGAGCGCGGCGAAGAAUCUGUGGCCUUCAGCGUUGAAUAAAAAGACGACGGAGGACUCGUCGCCGGCGAUCGAUCGAAGAGGCGUCAGCCUAAGUCCAAUCGAGAUCCACCAAAACUCCCUCGCGCCGGAUCGAUCGGAGGACAAGGCCACCGAAACCUCUCGAUCGGUUGAGGAUUGCAAAAAACAGAGCGUCAGGAAAUCGGAACACAUCCAAGAAGACAAAGGGAUGAACAAAGAAAGGGGAGUCAACCUGAACCCAAAAUCUCAGCCGCCGGUGAAUUCUAAAACGUUGAACAAUAUCCGGCAGCCAUCCGCGGGUGCUAAGAAAGCAGCCAAGGUAGAUCAUUCCUCUGAAAUAAUUACGCCUAAAGCUCUCUUCCGAGAGAACAAGAACACAGUUUCCUGCAAAAGGCAGCCACAUGUUGCUGCUAAAAUGAGAGUUGUCCGGAGCUGCUAUAGCUUAGCCGGCACACGCCAAAAAUGGUCGUCACCGGAGUUAACGGCUCAAGUUGAAGUGACGGAAUCCAAACUGGAGGAGCAAAUAAAGACAGAUUCAAGGAUGCCAAACUCGGUAGAUCUAACAGUGAGUUCAUUGUCAUCAACUCAAAACACUCAGUAGAUCUAACAGUGAGUUCAUUGUCCUCAACUCAAAACACUCGAUCCAUCGCCAAGAUGCUGCCGAAGAUCGACAUUUUACCCUUAGGAAGUCAUUCUUCGCAGCGCCAAGAUGCUACACUCACAUUACCAAGAUCUUAUACUUCAUGAGUAACACUGCAGCAGCCAUGAUACUGAUCAACAUGUAUCUUUCGCCACGCAUUUUGAUGCUUCAGUCUGAAGAUAUCCAGUUGGUCGUCAUAAAUGGGGUCAACCACCAAGUAGAAUUGGUCCUCCCUUCCGCUAGUGGAUUUGAUGGUGAAUUUUUGACGUCUAGAAUUGUUACUUGUUAGAGCAAUCCUCAUACAUGUUCCGAUUCCACGUGUAAUAUAGGGUACAUAAUCGAAGGACUCAAAUGGGGAUUUUAAUAAA